AUGUACGGGAAGAUGGAUUCUGGAAUGGAUGGGAUGAGCGACUUGUCCGAGGUGUUGCCAUUGAAGUUCAGCCAGCGCGGCUGCUUGGGCCUAUGUGGUCAAGGUCCCAACUCCUUGCUAGAGAACAUGCCAGCCAAAGCCGGGAAACCCGGCAACCAAGCUGUGAAUCGUUUGGACUCCUUCAGCAAGGUCCUAGCAAUGGUCAAGAAGUUCCUCCGAGCCCAAGGUGCUGAGUUUGCUGUGCCUGAAGAAGUUUUAACAAGAGCUCGCUUCAAAUCAGAUGCCAUGAGGCUCUUGAGCAAGAGUCCGUUCCGCCCACAACACACCCUGGAUGACAUGCAGGGAGCCAUCGAAUCGCUCUCAAAAGCGCUUGACAUGGAAGAUCGAUUGAUCCACGGAUCUGGGGCGAUCACGACGGAUCGUCAUCUGAGUCGAUCACGUGUUUUUGAUCUUCUGCUCCUUCGCGGCAAGGCCUGGGGUCGCCUGUGUUUGGCCAAGCUGAACUCCGACACCGACGUGGAAGCCCUGGUCACCGCAGCGCUGCACGAUUUUGGCCGCGCCCUGCUUGAGAAGCCCAGAUCCUUCGAAGCACUGGUUGAAGCGGCACAUAUCUAUGCAUUUAGUGGUCAAACUACAAGAGCUGUGGAGUUCUAUGAGAAAGCCAUAGAUCUCAUGAAGACCUCCGGUACCACCCACGAGUCUGCUCGCUUGCAGCGUCGAGUGGAGCGGCUCAAAGCAGGAGGAUCGAUCGAAGUAGACACAGGUGACGGCAGCGGCUUGUGGAAAGUCGAAGAGAUCACCGGCGUCACGGCCGACACGUGUGUCUAUCAUUUGCGUCUCGGCCGAUCACCAGGGAAUCCUCAUCCCUAUCCGGAAAGUGCAUGGCAUAUUCAAGUCUUUCUGGGCUCCACCGUUCGAGAAUAUACACCCAUCUCGUCUGUGAGCGAUUGGGAAGACGGGUCGUUGGAUCUCUUGGUCAAGACAUACCCGGAUGGCACGGUGUCACGCUUCUUUGGUACCUUACGAACGGUACAAGAAGCCAGAGACCUCGCGCUGCAGAACUAUGCGCCUUUGGAGGAGCAAAACUGCUGGGUUCGUGUCUCUGCUCCACUCUUGACACUGCAAUUGCCGUCCUUCUCCGAAGGCGGCAAGAUAGUGGGACCAGUGGAAGAUCUUGGCAUCAUAGCAGGUGGUACUGGAAUCGCUCCAGCUCUGCAAAUUCUCUCUGAAUGUCUUCCUGGCAAAUCACUAAACUGUAGGGCAGUCUUGCUGUAUUCCAGCCGGAGCCUGCAGGAUAUUUUGAUGUUGGAUGAGCUUAGGGCUAUUCAAGAGGCAUCAGCUGGACAGGUUCGGGUGGUACACACUCUGACAGCUGUCAAGGAUGUAUUGCAGAGGCUUCAGACACGCUGCUAUUUCUCGGGGCGUCAUGGUCACUUUCUGGAGGACCACAGACCAGAUCCUCCACAGGAACUGCUUCUGGGACAUAUUAAUCGGGACAUGCUUCGAAAGGUCAUGCCACCACGAGGCCGUCAGGUGCGAAUUCUAAUCUCUGGACACUUGGACUUCUUCGACCAGGCGGUAGCAAUCCUGGUGAUCUAUGUGUUUGACGUGUUCAUUGCAGAUGCUGUCUCGGACUACUUGCCGGUGCACGGAAAGGAGUUUCACGUCUCGACAUGCCUCAUGGUUUUGGUCAUCGUUCUGACGGUCAUUAGCUACACUCUUGCUCCUUCACGGUCAAAGUCAGCGUGA